AUGGGCACGAAGACUAAGAUGCCGAAGGAGCACUCUUCAGCACCUGAUUGGCCAAAUUACCAAGGAUUUGAUACCUCGUACGAAGAAAGGACUCCGGUCGAGUUGAAGGUGGCUGGUAAAAUCCCGUCAUGGGCAGCUGGCACUCUGUUUCGUACAGGCAUCGGCCGCGGACAGAUUCAAACGGAUAAAGGAGUGUACCGAGUCUGCCACUGGUUCGAUGGCCUAGCAGUCGUGCAUCGAUUUCGGAUAUUAGCACCGGAUAAGGAGCAUCCGGGGGUCCGAGUCAUUUACAAUUCCCGCAGUACCUGCGACGGUCUGAUCGAAAAGAUCAGGAAGACCGGCGAGCGGAAGGCGAUGACUUUUGCAAAGAAAUAUGACCCUUGCCAGAGCUACUUUAAAAAAAUCAUGUCUAUCUUCCAGGCCGACGAGCCACGCCAACCAGACGAAUAUUCCAUGGCCAUUACCCUAUCUGUUGACUUUCCGGGCCUGGAGUCUGUGAACGCGAAGAAGAAAUCUGGUAGUGGUCAUGCGUCGGGCAUCCAGCAGAUUGUCAACAAGACGGAUUCAGCAGUAUUCCAGGUAUUAGAUCCAGAAACUCUUGAACCCGUGGGGAUUGCAAAGCAGUAUGCGCUUGACCCAGAGCUUCGAGGGCCCAUGUCUGCAGCCCAUGCAAAAUCUGACCCGGUGACGGGGGACGUUUACAACUUCAACCUCGAGUUUGGAAUGACACCGACGUACCGGGUGUUUACCGUCUCUCGGUCGACGGGCAAGACGUCUAUACUGGCGACUAUAACUAAUGCUACUCCAGCUUAUAUCCACUCCAUCUUCCUGACGGAGAACUAUGUGGUUCUCUGUGUUUGGAAUUCCUUCUUUGCUGCCAACGGUGUGAAGAUUCUGUGGACGAGGAACAUCCUGGAUGCUAUUGGAGAGUAUGACCCAUCUCGUCCCGCAAAGUGGUAUGUGGUUGACCGACGAACUCCUGAAAACGGAGGCAGGGGACUGGUAGCCUCCUUUGAGAGCAAUCCGUUCUUCUGCUUCCAUAGCGUGAAUGCGUAUGAAGUGCCCUCCCAGACUGGGUCCGGAACUGACAUUAUAGCGGAUCUGGUUGCGUAUGACAACCUGAAUCCCCUGAAGUGCUUCUACCUCGACAACCUCAAGUCGAAUUCACCCAACGCUGGCAAGACCAAGGCCGCGAAUGAGUUUUCGUCUGCGCUUGUGAGGUAUCGUCUGCUGAAUAACUCGCUAGAAGCCACUCGAGAAGCUGCACAGACGGUUAGAAAAGCCGUUAUCGAAUACAAGUCCGAGCCGAUUCAGUCACCUGAGUUGCCGACUAUGAACCCACGAUUCAUCACUCGGCCACAUCGGUAUAUAUAUGCAGUGAACUUCACGGGGUCAUCUACUUUCUUUGAUGGGCUGGUGAAAAUGGACACGAAGACGCAUAAGAGCAAGUUCUGGUCUCGUCACGGGCAGAGUGCGGGAGAACCUAUCUUCGUCCCACGAACCAAAGGGCCUUUAAUUGAUAUCUCUGCAGGAGACGACGGUUCGGAUGAAGAUGACGGGGUGUUGCUGUCUGUUGUCCUUGACGGACUGUCCGGGAACUCAUAUCUGCUUGUACUUGAUGCAAAGACCAUGACCGAAGUUGGUCGGGCAGAGGUGAACGGUGCUAUCGGCUUUGGAUUCCAUGGUAUACACGUUCGUUCGGAUGAGCAGAGGGGGCUUGAUUUAUAG